UUCUCCUUCUUACGACUACGCCCCAGUGGAUACGGCGGAUCCCGUCGUGGGUGAGUCGAGGUCCCCUUUGAGGGUGACCUUGGACCUGCACAUGAAAGGAAAGAUUGGACUUGAGCACGUGCUUCCUCCUUCUAGCCACGAGGUUGAGGCUUUCACUCACGAGAUGGGGCUUCGGCUGCGGAGCGACUCGGUGGUGGAGUUGUCGGCUGGAGCUAGUGGUGCGGGCGUCCCGGUGUUCUCCGUUGUUCGCGAGCGUCCCGAGGAGGAUGCUCUUACCUCGGGUGCGAGGGCCGCGGCUCCCGAGGUUCCCGAGGGCGAGCCCCCGACUCAGGCGAGGGACGGAGAGCUUCCGACGACCGAGGGUGGGGUGAGAGACCCUCUCGUGACAGUGGAGCUGGUGAGGGGUUUGGUCGAGGCCGUGGGUGCCCUUCCUACCCUGAAGACUGAGGUGGUGGCGCUUUCCGCCGCUUUGGACGUGGAGAUGUCCAACUGGGCUGGGUUAGCGUUUGAUGCUACCGCCAUAGUUAACCGCUCGAUGGAAGCCUGGAGCUGGGUCGGCUUCGGCGGCAGGGCCGACGUGCCUGCUUGA